AUGUCGGCGACGCUAAUUUCGAAUGCUCGUAUCUUUGACGGUGUCUCUGUCGUAUCAGAAUGCGGUCAUGUCUUGAUUGAGUCCGGUCGCAUAUCUCAAAUCUCCCUUCGAGAGCCUCUAUCGCCGCCAGCAGGCUGUGCUAUUAUUGAUGCCAGUGGCUGUACAUUACUGCCUGGUUUGAUCGAUGCACAUGUGCACGUCUGGCGCGACGUUGAGCUCCUUGAAACAGCCAUUCGGUAUGGAGUCACGACGGUCCUUGACAUGCACAACGAGCGCGAAUGGUUUAAGGGAAUCAAUGCGAUAACUCAACAGCGUAACGAUGUAUCUGAUGUCAAGUCCUGCUGUUAUGGUGCAACAAUCAAGAAUGGCUGGCCAUCUGCCAUUGUCAGGCUUGUUUCACAAGAAGAAGGCCUGGAGGAUCGCAUCUCUAAGUGGCCCGGUCUCACAGACAAGAAGUCUGUCGAGGACUUCAUUGAUCAGAAUAAAGCCGCUGGAGCUGCUUUCACUAAACUGAUGCAAGAGGAUGGUCAUACUAUGACCUUGCCGUUCCCAGAACGGCCUGUCCCAACACCUUCCCUGGAACUGCAGAAGACGAUUGUCGAUGUAUCACACGAGAAUGGCAUGCUGACAGUUGCCCAUGCCCUCAAUAAUCACUCCACUCUCCAUGUUCUCCGCGCAGGUGUUGAUGGGUUGGCCCAUGCAUCGAUCGAGCCAAUCACCGAGGAGAUUGUCCAAGCAUUCAAGAAAAACAACGCCUUCGUCAUCCCCACACUGGCGAUUCAUGCAUCUUCUAGCGGUGAAGAGCAGGAAACUCGCGAUAAAUUCGCAAGCAGCCUACAGGGUGCGGAGAAAGAACAUCUACUCGGAUGUCUCCAUAUCACAUCGGACAAGUUCUCUAUCAAGACUGUCUAUGAGCAGGUGUACACUCUCAAGGAAGCGGGAAUUGACGUCCUCUGUGGAACCGAUACCUCCUCGCAUCUCGCAGGUACUCGGGCCGGUCUUUCAGUGCACCAUGAGCUUUGGAUGUAUGUUAACCGGUGUCGUUUCACACCCCUUGAGGCUCUUAUCUCGGCAACAUCCAAAAUUUCAGAUCGGUUUGGUUUCUCAGAUCGUGGUAUGAUCCAGGAAGGUCGACUUGCAGAUCUUGUACUUGUGGCGGGGGAUCCGACACAAUCUAUUGACGCCAUAGGCAACAUCAAAACUGUCUGGAGAAACGGUGAAGCCGUAGUCAGAAACUGA